AGCUCUCGAGUCGAGGCUCGAGGGAAAGACCCAAACCCCUCCUCUUCUUCCUCCCUUCCAUUCGGACUCGGGUCGCGUCCAGAGGCUGGCAGCCACCAUCCCUCGCGGGCAAGGCCAACCUCCUCUCCCUCUCUCCUCCCCAUCGGAUCCAGCGCCGCGCGGAUCCGCAAGGCAAUCAAUCAAUGGCCUCCUCCCCGGCGGAAGCGGAGGCGGAGGCGGGGGCACCCGAGGCGGCGGAGAAGGGCAAGCGGGGCGGCGGGGUGCUGGGGAGGCUGUGGCGGGCGCUCUUCGGUGGCCGCGAGGACUUCGAGAAGCGCCUGCAGUACCUGUCCAAGGAGGAGGCCGCCGUGCACGCGCGGAUGCGGCGGCGGACGCAGUUCUCGCGCCGCGCCGUCCGGAACCUCAUCGUGCUCUCCGUCCUCGCCGAGGUGUUGGCUGUUGUUUAUGCCAUCAUGAUGACAAGAGAUGAGGAUCUAACUUGGCAAAUGAGGGCCAUACGAGUGCUGCCUAUGUUCAUUCUUCCUGCUGUAUCUUCUGCCAUAUAUUCAAUGAUUGUUAACUUCACAAGGAUGCUUGAGCGGAAAGACCAGAAGACCCUUGAAAAAUUGAGGGCUGAGAGGAAAGCCAAGAUUGAUGAGCUUAAAGAGAGAACAAAUUAUUAUCUUACCCAACAGCUUAUUCAGAAAUAUGAUCUUGAUCCAGCUGCAAAGGCUGCAGCAGCUUCAGUUUUGGCAUCUAAGCUUGGGGAGGAGACUGGCUUAAAAGUUCAUGUUGGAGAAGAACCAAAGCUGGAUGCUGCAGUGGCUAGAAGCAAUGAUGUGGAGAUAGUACCAUCAGAUGGUUUGAGAAACAGGAAGCAUCCCAAUGCAAGAGGAAGCAGGACCGGGAGCCCCACUGCUCAUACUGAACCUAGUCUACCUGCUAAUGCUGGCCUGGAAACUGCACGAGCUCCAAUGGUGGUAGAGCAUCAUCAAGGCUCGGGGGCUAGUGAUGGUGGUGGAUGGAUUGGAAAGAUUGCUGCCUUACUUGUGGGGGAGGACCCAUCACAGUCUUAUGCUUUGAUAUGUGGCAACUGCCAUAUGCAUAACGGCUUGGCCCGAAAGGAAGAUUACCCACAUGUUACUUACUACUGCCCACAUUGUCAUGCAUUAAACACAUCAAAGCAGUCCAUGGGGCAAUACUCAGGCUCUGACUCAGGCCAGUCAACCCCUGUUGUUCUGGCUGAUGGAUUAUCCACUUCCAGUUCAGUACAAGAGACUGAAUUGAGUAACCUGACGACAUUGCAGGAGCUACCUGAGGAAGGAAAUGCAGAGAAGCGAGAAGUGGAGGCAAGUUGAUGGUUCGUAUAACUUCUAUUGUUGAUGUGUGUGGAACUAGUUCAUCUUUAGACAUAUAUCGUCAUGUGUUCAACUGGUGGAGCCACAGAUUUAGCACUGUUGUAAAUUGGAAAUAGUGACUGAUAUGAUCCUCAACAUAGCACGCAAAAAGAAGAAAUGGGCCAUGGUGUACAUCCUUGAGUGGAUGGAUUUUUGUUUGUCAAUAGAGCGCGAAGUCUUCCAGCUGCUUGACAAGAUGAGGCUUAAAAGCUAUAUGACUGUUCAGACAAAGAUGGUGGUGUAGGAUAUAACAUAAGAUCAUUGCUUCAUUUUCUAUUUCUACCUUUUUUAUAUGAACGCGCUUAUUCAGAGAACAGGAACGUGGAGAAUUUUUUUGCAUGUCUUGACCUUCGGUCUUUCCUUUGUUGUUUGUUACCUUAAACCUUGCAGCAUUUCGUA